GAUCAGCAGAGUUUCGUUUGCCACGUAUAUACUUAAUAAUCGCAAUCAACUUGCAGAAUGGGGAAUCAACCUGCUAAAGGAUUUUGCGGACUGAAAACGAGGACGAGGAGAAAGCCAAUGGGUUUCAUUCAUCACCAAGCUUCCCCCUCGCACGUGGGGAUAAGAACGGUGGACGUGAACAGAGUUUCUAACUCGUCCACCGCUUCAGAUCUCUGCAUCUCCAUAGUGACUUGGAAUAUGAACGGCCAGGUCAACUUCGAGGAUCUAGCAGAGAUGGUGGGGGACAUCUGCGAGUUUGAUCUUCUAGUCAUUGGCUUGCAGGAGGCUCCACGGAAAAAAGUUGCAAAACUGCUGAAAGCAGCUCUGGUUGACACUCACAUCCUGAUAGGCAAAGUUAUCAUGCAGUCUUUGCAGUUGUACCUCUUCGGGCCCAAGAAUGCUGGAUCAUUGAUUAGAGAAUUGAAGGUGGACAAGCAAUCAGUUGGAGGCUGCGGAGGAAUAAUCGGAAGGAAGAAAGGGGCCGUGGCAAUCUGGAUUAACUACAAAUCCAUCAGGAUGGUGUUCAUUUCUUGCCAUCUCUCUGCUCAUGCGCGGAGAGUUGAAGAAAGGAAUUCAGAAUGCAGGCACAUAUCACACUCCCUCUUCUCCAGGAACCGGAAUCCAUAUGCCAGACCAGCCCACGUAACUGUUUGGAUGGGGGAUCUGAAUUACAGGCUACAAGGGAUUGAUACGUACCCGGCCAGAACUUUGAUAAAAAAGGACCUCCACAAGCAGCUGCUUGGCAAAGACCAGCUCUUACAAGAGGCUGGACGAGGACAGAUUUUCAAUGGGUAUUGUGAGGGCACAUUGACAUUCAGGCCAACUUACAAGUAUAAUGCAGGAAGUAGCAUCUAUGAUACCAGUUACAAGGUGAGGGUGCCAGCUUGGACAGAUCGUAUAUUGUUCAAGGUAGAAGACACAGAUAACAUGGAAGCAGUCUUAUACUCCUAUGACUCAAUGGACAAAAUAACCGGUUCUGAUCAUAAGCCAGUAAAGGCUCGACUAUGCUUAAGACUCCGUCAAACCUUCCCACUACCUGUAUCUUAAUGAUCUCUCAGUUUUGUCAUUCUUCUUCUUUGAUUAUCGGUUUAUAUCUCUCCCCUCGUAAAUUGUUGAAUGUAUAAAUUUGACAGUUGAUCCUGAAAAAAUGUAAGGAGAGUGUGAGAAUUGACAGGAGAGAGGGAAAAAGUGUUCAUUUGUUUGUUUGUU